AUGGCUCCUAGAAAGGGCAGUAGUUGGGUGGACAAGACCAACUCCUUAGGGAGGUGGAAGCUCGCUUCCUUUCUUAAAGACUUCGACCACGAAGUGGAAAUACGAAUCAAGCCAAUUGAGUCUGACAGGCAGAACCUCUUCAAGGAGGUGGAUAACCUCUACAACAUCCAGAUCCUGGGGCUCCCCAAGGCACUGCGCAAAGAUGAAUGGCUCAACUACUUCUCCCUUGGAGGAAACAAACAGGGCUUGGAAGAGGCAGCAACAGCUGACCUGGAUAUCACCAAAAUAAACAAACUAACCGCGGGAGCUAUUCAAACACCCCUGAAAUCUGCUGAAACACGGAAGGUGAUACAAGUAGAUGAAAUGAUAGUGGAAGAGGAAGAAGAAGAAAAUAAACAUAAGAAUCUUCAAACUGCAAGAGUCAAAAGAUGUCCUGCAUCCAAGAAGAGAACUCACUCUGUACAAGGAAAAGGCAGAAGGGAAAGGUCAAGCUGUGCUAUCACUGUUACCCUAGUUUUGGGCCGAUUGGACGUGUCCAUAGUGAAGCCGACUCCAGGCCUGACACUCAGGUUUGACUCGAGGGUCUUCAUGAUCCCUGGCCUGUGCACUCCUGCCACAGGAGAGCGGAUUUCUAACAAAAGCUGGCCAGAUAAUAAGUUUAAAGCAUAUUUGCUAACCUAUAAAUAA